AUGUUUGAUCUGCUGCUUUUCUGCCAAUCGAAAACGACCUUCAUGUGCAUGUACACCGAAGCUGACUCAUCUACACCCAAUCAAGAAAACAAGAUUCCACCAACCGACAGACCCAGACAAACAAUGCCCUGUCACGCAGAAUCUACUAGCGAAACGGAAUGUGAAACCAUGUUUGACAGAAGUUCACGCCAUCGAUUGCAUGUGAUGCUGAGCAGGAACAGACAGAAACAGACUUGGCGUGAUGAAGCUGUUGUGUCAAAAGUGAAGCGUUACCCAAAUGAAAACUACCGAUUGUUUACCAAGCUCCUCUGA